AUGGCAAUGGAGGUAAUAAUUUACUUGCUGCAUUAUUGAAACUGACAACUAGCUGAUUUAAUUUACAUAAGGAGCAUUUUGAUGGCUUUUUCCUAUUUUUCUGUCUGUAAAACAUAGGCACAUUCAAAUUAGUGCAGUUUAGUGCUAGCCAGAAACAUCAAUAGGUAUCACUGCCAGAUUUUGACUCAAAGUUUUGAUUGUUAUUCUACAAAUUGAUUGACUAUAUUUUUCGGAACCUAAUAAAUGUCCUCAAACCAUUGUAGAAAAAAUGUUUACAGUAAAGUCUGUAUAACGGUAACAAAAUCAUCGCUGAGAAUUGCAAGUGGAAAGACAGCACAUAUCUUUGGUAUCUGAUUUGUUACUUUUCAGACUCGCCCCAUCUAGGAUCCAGUGUUUCAAAAGUUGGAUAGCGCUAUCCAUCAUCAUUACCCAGCGGAAAAGCGUAGAGAUUAGGGACACCAUUGCGGAUAGCGUUAUCCACCCGAUCAUAACUGAGCAUUUUAAAACAUUUUUUGAUACGACACUUCAGUGCGAAGUCUUCCAACUUGGGAUUGCGCAACAAUCAGUAAAAUAUCAGUAAUUGUUUCUGAGACCAGCUGGCCCCAGUGUUUCUAAGGGGUAAUAACGCUAUCCACCAGAUACUGAGUCCCGAUCCCCAGCUCUGAUACCGCAAUUGAUUUCCCUGUACUUAUCUGCUGGAAAGUUAUUUAUCCGGUGGAUAGCGUACCCAGCUUUUGCACAACUGGCCCUGGUGAAUACUGACCUUUCUUUUUGCCAUCAUGUUACAGAUGAACUUCGAACUUCGUAGAUUAGCUGGAAAAAAAGGACCGGACGAAGAAGACUUGACGAAGAUGGCCAGUACUUUAGAUGAGUUCAUUUUCCGCCUUUUCGAUCCCCUAAGAUCAGGUGGACGAAUUCGAGACGUUUUCUUGAAAUCAGCUAUUAAUGACGUCCUGGAAGCUGCUAUUGAAUUCGAACAGAAAAACGUAAGUGAUCCUAAACGCGAGUCUCAGUUCUCAUUAAGACUGUUUUUAGGUCGAAUCUCUUCAGGGACUUGCCUUAUAGUUUUGCAAUCUUAAAGCAUAGUUUAAUGCGAACUUUGUCAGUCUUAAAGGGAUUAUGUCACGAGGAUAUCGCUAUAAUUUAAGGUCAAUUCUGUGCCAGUAUAUUACUUACUGCCUACACAAUAUACUCCUACAGAAUUAUGAAGAUACUGUUAUAGUAGUUAAAGGAUUCGGUGUUGGUUUUCCAUUGCCAGUAAUGCUAAACAUAUAAACGUUUAACCCAAGACUACCAAAAGAAUGAGUAAUGUUUUAAAGUCAAACCUCCCACAAGCGACCAUACCUUCCAAAAUGCUGAUUCGGUAAAAGCAAUAACAAUCGGUAUUUAUUUAGCUUUCCUUUAGUUGCCAGACGAGCGAUUCAAAUAAUCGAGAGGACAGGAGUCACCUUCACGAUUCAAUGAAUACACUGUACUUUAUAAGGAAUUUCAUAUUGCAAAUUACUCUUGUUGAUAUGCUUUAUUUGCAGUUUUUUGCUCAUCCUGUUAUAAAUACCCUCAUGUCAGAGAAAUGGCACGGUGAAUUAGGAAUGAAGAGAAAACAAUCCUGGUUAACCAGGGAACGCUGGACAUGGGGAUUUCUCAAUAUCUGGUGUUUGUUCGAUAUAGUGCUCUUUCCUUUCCUCUUCUUGGCUUUUGGAACUUACCAUUUUGUGCGAAAAAAGAUUAGAAACAGAAAAGGUAAGACCAAUUCCUAAUAAGUCUUUUUUUCAGUGACUGUCACAAAAAGGCUCGACCUGACCAGACGAUCUUACUUGUAAUACAACUAAUUUGUAUACUUAACAUCUUACAGUCUUAAAGUCGUGAAAUUACCUUAUUACAUGUCGAUGUUAAAAGAAUUCAUUUGACAUGUGUUAAUCCGCUAACUUAUUACCAUUUUGGUGCCUUUGGCCAGUCGAAUAGGUAAUUUGGUUCGGACAAAAAUUACAAACAAACAAGCAAACAAACAAAAAGCAAACAAAACUAAACGUUUAUACAAUAAUGCGAACAUUUCGUUCAUUUACAAUUUUCUGGGCUUGACAGUUUUCGCCAGCACAACAGGUAGUACGCAAACAACAAAAUCGUAUGUUUCAGUCUUGUCCCUUUUAAUUUUGCAGGUGCGUACAUAAACAAAAGCGACAUAUAUGGUGAGUUAAAGUCCGGUUUUCAUUAGCGCAUGAGCAUAAGCACAAGUCAAAUGUGCCAUUCUGCCCGUGCGUAUAUCCUUAUGCUUGUGCGCUAGUGAAAACCAGGCUCUGAUGAACUUUAAAAGUGCUAUUUAAAUCAGUGUAAUUGUAUUUUAAUAUAAUUGCUCGUGAUUCUGUAAUAAUAAUAUAUAGAUUUAGCCACGACUAAAAGCGAAGCUCUGGUUAAUAAUACUUAUAAACAAAAAAAAUGAGUCGUGUAAUGCUAAACGGGGACGGCAAUGAAAAUGGCAUGGUAUCAAGAUCAAUAGAUCCAAUUAGCCAAAAAAAUUGCACGUGCAGCACGCUUUUUGUCUUUCUUUGCCGUUGUUUUGCACAACUACAACGCUGUUAUCCACGUGAGUGUAAACAUCAAAAAUAAAGUUGAAAAAGACACGACUUUGUUGUUGUUUUUCUUUCUAAAAGUCCGGGCGGCCAUGCGAUUUCUUUCCAAAUAAAACCUUGAGUAUUCAGCAUCUAUAGAACUUGAACCAAAUAAAAUUUAUAUUAAGUCCUCGUAGCGCGCCUUAGCCGACAUUCCGUCAUUGUAAUGCAUGCCUGAAUAUCUAGUCAUUGAGAACUUCGGGACAAUGAAAGCGAGGUGGUAAAUUUUUUUUAAUGACUAUUGACCAUACUACUCAUUUGUUGAAUGAUAUGACGAGAACGCACCUAAGAUAUAUCAGCCCAGUACUAACAUUAUACCAUCCAAUCUCAGUUUAUGCUUAUAGUAACUAUAUAGCAGUCACGGAACUUUUGAUCAUUGAUCACUUUCCCAAUGCGAGGAUUUCCUUUCUGUUUUAUUUCCAUAGAUUGGUACCUCCAGUACUUCAAUACUCCUUAUUUCAUCUUUCUUCGCGAUACAAUGAGUUACCUGAUCCAUCUUGGCCUCCACUUUGCUGUUUGCCUAGCCCCAUCAAGCAUUUCGUUCAGCAGGUUAGAGUGGGCCAUUUGGGUUUUCUAUAUGGGAAGAAUAGUCAUGGAAAGCAAGCAGUUUGGUGAUAUAAAAGUUCAUCGCGUUAAGGAGGAAGGGAUUUCACUUGACGGUUCAAUGGAUUUAAUUGAAGUAUCAUUUGAACCGCAAGGAAGCAGCCGCAAAACAAGUCCGACGUCACUAACAACAAAGAAGUUUUCAAAGUAUUUAAGGUAUAUAACCUUUGAUAUUAUUAUACUUAUUUACGCAGUGUUCAAAUAAAUGACAUUAGUAAUUAUAACAGUUUGUUUAUUUCUCUUCGAUGCUUGCUUAUUUCUUUAAUGUAAAUAUAAUUGUAAACUAUAAUUGAUCCGCCUAGAAUACAAUUUUUCCCAAAUGUGUGGACAAGACAACCGUACAACUUGUUACACGAAAUUCAUUAAAAGAUUGUUGUUCUUUUGUUGUUGUUUUUAGUGUCUAAAUAAAAAUUGUAAUUGAAUAAUAGGCCAGUUGCUUGCUUUAUAAGAUGCUGGUCUUUCGUUUUUUAAUCUUUUUCUGAAGGGAAACGAAAAACAGUUCGCGCAAGCGAGGUUUCGAAAAAAGGAACUCAGGGAUGGCAUUCAAUUGGGUUACAAGAAUCACGGAAUUCGAGUUAUGGGGAUAAAUUUCAGUGAAUUUUGAAACAUGGCCAUCUGGCAAUGUUCGAAUCAGUUAAGGUACCUAGACGCGUGUGUACAACAAAAAGCUUCCGUUAAACAGUGUACAACUACGGCUUCCAUUUUUAGACGGAAGUGUUGAUUUAUCGGCUUUCUGUUAGGGGUUUAGUAUUUAUCUUUACUAAAAUAGUCUAUUUUUCCCCCUGCAGUGAUCAGUGGAACGUCUUAGAUCUCACGACACUUAUCAUCUACCUUGUUAUCUUUGUAUUGAGAAUGGUCACGUGGGGCUUAUCCAAUUCCGUGGAAAACGACCGAGUCCUUCUGAUUACUGGGUACCUUUAUGGCCUCAGCACCCUGAUUCUAACGUUCAGAGCAUUCGGUCACAUGAUGGAAAACACGAGAGAAAUUGGCUCUAUUCAGAUUGCAUUGUUUCAUAUCGUCAGCGAUGUUGUGGCUAUAUUUUGGCAGUUCAUAGCGGCUAUCCUAGCAUUCACCAUUGCCAUUACUAAAGUUUAUAUGGCAGAAAAAUCAUAUCUUGAAAAAGACAACAGAGACAAGAAUACGUACGUAAACGAACCUUACUAGCUUUUAAGAGUGGCUAACAGGGCGCAUUAAUGAAAAAGUAAUAUUAGAUGACAAUAACUGCUCUAACUGCUCUCUUUGCAUUUCUUAAUUUUUCAUUUCUUAUUUUUUAUGAGAUAGUGGAUACAUUUGUACAUAUUGUAUAUAGUUCUCUCGAAUUUCUUAUUUGCUUAUACUGUACAUAGUUUUUCUUAAUUUCUUAAUUCUUAUAUUCUUUUUUUUUUCAUUUUUAAUUAAUUAAUUAAUUGAUUUAUUCUUUUUAAACUUAUUUUAGUGUUCCCACUUAGUGGUUAUACACCGCUAUUACAGUUUUGACACUUUAAUAAAGGUAUCAUCAUCAUCAUCAUCAUCAUCAUCAUAUGCCGGUUCAACCGUAGCCGUUAACGUUUAGUUGAGAACUUUCUUUUUUACAUUUCAGGGCUUGCAACACAAUUGGUUAUUCUUGGUAGGUUUAUCCAGUUUUUCAUUUAUGAUAAUAAAUAACUUUCCUUUGAGGCUACAAGAGACUUUUGAAACAAAAAGAAAAAAUCUCUUAAAUUUUUGUAUGAUAACUUCAGUUUUAGACCAUUAGCUAUGUUAAUCUAUCGGAAAACAUCCAUUGGCCUUCUAAAUACGUAAUAAUUUUUUUAAGUAAUAAUCUUUUAUACAUAAGAAAGCUUCUACUGCAAAACUCUAUUUAGAACUAAAUUUCGCUUUUGAAAAACUAUCCAGUAGAAGUAUACUUGUCUAUUUACAAUUUACACUUCUAAAGUAGUAUAAUAAUAAUAAUAAUAUUAAUAAUAAUACUACUACUACUAAGGAUAAUAAUUACGUGGUUGCCACAGUUUAGGGAAAAUAUAAUUUCUUCAAAGUCAGGGAAUUUCACUUCGAAUCAGGGAAAUUUAAGUCUUUUUUGGAAGUCAGGGAAAAAUGAAAUUUUAAAGGUACAUUAGUACAUUCUUACGGACUUGAAUCAUGUUGUAUUGGUAGAAUAUUGCUAAUUUCGAGCCGGCUGGUAUUUAAGAAGGAGUGAAGACAAAUAGUAAGCUGUUUACCUAAAUCAUUUAAAAUUUUAAAUGUUAACGAUAGCUGUUAUAGCUGGACCUAUGACCUCGAGGUGAUUCUUUUAAAGAUGAGUCGGUACUAGAUCGAGGGAAUAAGACAUACUCAAAAGUGUAUUUGAUGCAUUGGUUCUAAAAUACGUUUCUUAUUUGACAAGCUACUUUUAAAGAUUUUUUUCCAGCGCGUUGUUUUCUUAAUUAAAGUUUUAGGCGCUACUAAGUUGUCAAGAUGACCCUUGUAAAACCUUUCAAAGGGUUUUUAUCAUCAACUUAUCAAUAACUUAAAAAUUCCGUAAAAAUGAAGCUAUGGUGUUGAAUUCGGAGGUACUUUCAUAUUCAUAGUUGGUGGGCAAUAGUCAAGCAUCUUUGUUGGUCUUUGUUUGGUAUCGUGGAACUUGAUCCACUGGAUUCAGCUGACGCUGCGACAGUGAUCGUGGUCCGCAUCCUGUAUAGUGUUUACCUCAUCAUGGGAGUUAUCUUGCUUGUCAACAUGAUGAUAGCACUUCUGUCCAGCACUUACCAGCGAGUUCAAGUAAGUUGAAAUAAUUGAAGUAUAUGUAUAUCUUUUUUUCAGCGGAGCGCCGUGGAUAGUAAAAUUUUGCUAUCUAUGUUCCAGUUUGGAUUCGAGUUCGAAUUCGAGUUUGAGUUCGAGUCAAAGUUCGAAUUUAAAAUGAAAUUAUUGAUUUUAAAUUUUCGUCGGAAAAGCGUGGAAAACCUACUGUUCGAGUCUUUGAAGCCUUCUUUAUUCGGUAUGGUGCGAACACCUGUAUGCGAUAUUUGAGUCUAACUCCGUUCUUUUUGGGGGGGAGAGGGGAUGCACAGGGUCCAGAGGAGAUGUGUUUGUCGUUAGAACAUCAAAACCCGUCGAAAACCUCUGAAAAAAUGGGUUAUUUUGAUCGCGUUACGGUUUCGUUACACAUUCUAUAGACCGCAAACCAAGAGACUUGGGGCUCGCAAGAUCGGCUUACAGUAUAAAAUACUUUUACUCGGCACUUCGUGCCUCGGUCGCCCUUCGGGCGACGUGCCGUGCGCCAGCGAGGAUAUGGCUUGCGGUUAUUGAUUUUCAAAAGUCGAUCUGGGUCAGAUAAGAAGCGAAAAAAAAAGCGUUUACAGUAGAUUUAUAAAGAUCCCAUUGGGCUAAUUAAUCGUGCUAAGCGAAAGUUGUAGACAUUUUUCAAGGUAAGUAAUUCAUUUAUUCACACGAAACUCCUCUGGAACCUGUGGGUUUUGGCAUCAAGUUGUUUGGCUUUUCGCGCGCUAAUCACGCAAGCACGAAUUUGAAAAAGUUUUGGAGUUCAAAACUCGUCAAGUUUACUUUAUUUACCCAUUCCUUCGUCGGCUGCACCAUGGAAAAUCGUUACAAAGAAGGUGAGUCAAUUUUUCUUCGCUUAAGCUGACAUUUUAAGCGACAAAAAUCCGUAUUUUGCAAAGCAUCUUUUUGCAAAACAAGAGCUGAUUACGCUUGCAAGACUUCGUGGACAAAAUUUUGCGACUGGUAAGAAUUUCUCUUUUAAUCAGUGACAUACAAAGAGUUUUGCUUUUUUUUCUCGGGAAAGUUAUUUUAUAAAAGCAUUAGAAAACUUUUAUCCUGUGUUUACAUAGCCUGAUAUAAACACUCGAGGCGUUGGGAGAAUUCUCGACAGUUAUCCACAACUUCGUCUUGGGUUUGCAUAACUGUCUCGAAUUCUCCCAACCCCUCUCGUGUUUAUAUCAGGCUAUGCAAACACGGAAGACGUUUUCUAUUGCUUAAAUGGUACCCCUUUCACACCUUGUCUAGAACUUCGCAUCCGUUUUUACUACUGUAAAUGUAAUCUUUCGAAUAGGAAUUAAUCACAUAAAAGAACGUUUUAAAAGACUUUUUAAAGCCAUAAAAUUCAUCUGUUUGCCCUUUUGGUAGGGAGUAGAGUAUGUUUGAGUUCGGAUUCGAGUUUGAGUUCGAGUUCGAUUUGGACUUCGCCGAGUUAGACUUAGAGUUGGAUUUCGAAAGUUUCAGUUAUUUUAAAUCAUUUUUAAAUAAAUUCUAAAAACCCAAUUAACAGUAGUGUGGAAGCCGAAAGCGUUUUGCCUUGGUUGUUGCCAUCUUCUCAAAAGGUGUAAUAAAGUAUAAACUGCUUGCAGUCCGCCUUUUCUUCUUAAAAUAAGUCUAGUUCUUAUCUCAGCCAGCGCAAUCGCACAAAACGCCGUGCUUGAGUUUCGCGUGCAGUAACUUUGCAAAGAAAAAUAAGAAACUGCUCGCAGCUAAUAAAGUACCGCGAGCGUUCAUAAGGCGUUCGUGAACCGUGAAUCCACAUAUUCUAGUCGAUUUUCCUUAGCUGGAAGCCCAAGCCAUUUUGAAGGGAAAACCAAAAUGGAAAAGUUGAUAGUAACGUUUCCAUGAACAAUUUUUCCCCUCUACUAACUAAGCCCUACCGAACACUUAAAUUCCCUAAUAGGCCUUUCCGGGGCGUUCCCAAUCCACGCACGCGUUCGUAAAAUUCAUCCAAACGGCUGAAAAAACUGUAAACAAACAUCUGUUAAUCUAAAGAAAAUUUCAGAGGAAAUUCAGAAGAAACUUCAGACUGCUAUGCAUGUUGCGAUGUGACCAGAGCGAAUACACAGCAAUUAGACCCUAAUUACACAUUGUCGGAAACCUCCUCUGUAAUGGUCCUCUUGUCGAGAGACAUUGUAAGCAGUUGAGGGAAAUCUGAGAGAAAUCUGAGAUAUGACUUUCAGUAGAUUUUUAAACUGUGCCAUCCAUUCGGUAAAAUAGGCAUGACGAAAUGGAAUUGCUGCAAUCCACAAGCGUCAUUUAUUUUUGUAGUAUAUUCUAUAAACCAUUUUGAUCUAUUGAACAUAAUAUUUCAAUUUCACUGCAUUACCGCGUUUGUGUUCUGGGUGCACUUUGAUAUUAAUUUCGAUUGCUAUCCAUAUUUGUACCAUUAUUUGACGAAACCAUGGCGUAAAUUGAAGAAACCAAGCAACCCUGCUUUGACAAUAAUCCCUUAAUGCUCCCGAAAAGUCUUCAUUUUCUGCUGUUUUGUCAUGUAGAAAUGCAAAGAUUUAGACUGCAGGUACCACGCUCUGUAAUUGUUCCAUCUGUGUGAUACGUAUUAACUGCCUUGAGUGCUUUAUCCUCUAGCUUAUUCGCAAGGUUAAAACCUGUUUAAUACCUCGUAUUAACACCGACAGUACAAUAUAACAUAUGAAUAGCUUUACUUGUUUAUAAUUAUGUUCAGCAGCCUGAGUGUACGAGGGCAAUCUAAUGCACGAGGCUGGGAAGCUGCAGUGGAAUUCAAGGGUCCAAGGGGACAUUAUUAAAUAUGGUUGGAGAAGUGUGUGUGGUGUACUGUGCAGUGGUUUACUGAUCCGCCCAAACCAUCCGGGUGGUAUCGCAAAUAUAUAGAGAAAGAACAAUAGAGGAAUUGUCAGCCAAUCAGGAAGACUAACGUCAUCAAAUCAGAUCAAACUGAUUGGAUAGUUCUUUUUCUUUGUUUGAGGAUUGUUUACUCAGCAAUUUGCAAUUGAAUGAGAUGAAAAGGGUCUACGUAAGAAUUAUCAAGGAAUACAAAAUUAAACCUUCUUGCUAGCCUGCCUCUUAUUGAAACAAUUUAUAAGAUCUUCUCGCACGGGAAAAUGUACCUUCUGAUAAAGACUCGUUCUUGAUUUAGGAUCGCUACGAUCGAUGAUAAAAAAGUUCAACGAUCGCAACGAUUAAUUGAAAAACUGCGCUUCAACGAAUCGUAGCGGUCGCGCUACCAAAGUAUAAAGGUUCAGAUUACUAGACUUUGUGGGCUGUCUGUUCGGCGAUCAACGAUCAUGAUGAAACUAGGUUUUCUUGAGCAGCUACGUAAGACAAUCUGAUUGUUCAUUUAAAAGCGGAGUUUAUUAUUUAACUUUUUUUUUAAAAAUCUGAUCUCUGCUUUAGGAAAGCAAAUUGCGUUAAUAAAUGGACUGAUAAGACACCUUCUAAAUUAAUCGUAAUACAGCACACUGCGCGUUCAUAUUCAAUAAAGAGAAAGAUUAACGAAUCUGUAAACAGACUACAAUUCAUUUCGCGAUAUACAGGCUUUGGAAAUGGUAAAAACCUUACAGUGUUUGUGAAUUUUUGAUUUCGGGGCCUCUAAACACAAAGCAAUCGAUCAAAGUCCCUCUGAACCUAAACUGCAAAACAAAUAGGCGAGAGAAAUAAAGAUUAAGUUUUAAAUACUACCGGAUCUGAUUCAGUACUGGUCAAAUCAUUUAUUCAUAUUCGUUGUCUCGGUUAAAAUUGGUUCAGAAAUUCUUAAAAGCAAACAACAAUUUAUUCCUUUCAGUUACAAUGCCUUUUGUUUCAGCAGACAAUAACCAUGCAAAUGAGCAAAGAACCUGGCUGUUAAGUCUCCGAUUUAAAACACGUAAUUUGUUUUUUGGAAUUAUGUACUUUCCCUUAAUCAAAAAAUAUUCUUGUGGUCCAAGCAUAGUGGAAUCGCUUUCGCCCAUCCACGCUAUCUGGUACCCCAUAAAAAGGGCCAAAAUCUCUGGUUAAAGGUGACGUUUAUUAUUUGUAAUUUUUCGUUAUAAAUCUGAUAAAUCCAUAAUCUGAUUCAGUCUGAAAUCAUACGCGCGAUUUCAAAAUCGCGAGAUCGAUUUUACGACACGAAGUUCAAUUGCCACUUUAUUACGGCCAUUAUGAAAUCGCAUAAUUCAGUUUGCAGUACCAAUAUAUAUAAAUAUUCGCAGUACCUAAAGGCUUUUACAUCUCAUUUUGUAUUUAAAACAAAAAUUAUGCGAUAAAGACCAAAAAUGGUGCGAUUUAAAGCACAUGGGGAUCCAACGACGGUUUCCUCCUAAGUACAAUGGAACAUCUUUUAAGACUAUCCAGAGUGCUUUUAGAUCUCUUGAAAUACAUUUUAAGUCGGAUUCUAAGCGGCGCUAUAAAAAUUUGUAUCUGCUCGGUCAUCCUAUGGGAAAUUCCAUCACAGUUUUGAAUCGCAAAAUUUUAGGUUUUCUUUUUUUUUAACGAAAAAUAGCCUAAUCUGGAUGGUAAAAUGUGACUGAAAUUAGGCUUCAAAAAUUGUACAUGAAUGGAACGGUCAUCUAGAAAGUUAAAAUUAUAGGCCAAAAAAUUGAAGGCAAGGCUGAUCGGACAGUUAAGGGUUAUGAAUCUAUUUUGUUUUAGACAAAACUAGCCUUCAUCAGGGGCUAGAAAAGCUAAGGAAACAGUCUAAUGGAAUCUACUUUUUUAUAACGAAUAUUAGAUUAGCAUCUGUCAGUAAUCGGUUCCUGCAUCUGUCCUAUGUUAACCUGAGUUGGGGCGCAACUUACCAUCUCUUUCUCAGGAAAAUUCUUUGAAGGAGUGGUCUUUCAAGAAAGCCAUCAGAAUUCAGACCUACAGUUCUUAUCACCCUAUUCCUGUUCCGUUUAAUAUCAUCUCAAAUCUUAUAUUGAGUUUGCUUUGGGUUUGGAGAGUAUGCAGUCGUGGUCGUACAGUAAGUCCAACGAUUUAGUUACUAAAUUUCGCUGUAGCUAGUCGCAUACACCUGCCGAUAUGUGCUAGGGUUACCCUAGCACGAGGGUUACAAUACCUGCCUUGUAAACGCUCAGCUGGGGAUAACUCGCCUACCAGGGUCAACUUUCCGCCGUCAUGCGUGACCAGUAAUUGUGCCAAUUUGAACGGUAUUAUCCAAUUUCUGAGCUUAAUCAUAAACAUCUGAAAAAUAAAAAGGUUUUUCCUGUAUACGAUGAUAAUUUUUUUCCUUUUCUUGGAAUUUGACGUGUUUUCCAUAAAGAACUUCAAGAUUAUUCUCGCGGAGCGAGUUCUAUAAUUUUGCAGCACGCGCAACGUGCUUAUCGCGCAAGGAUCGCAAGCGGAGUGCGAUUUCGCCUUGGUCAUAACUCUUUCCAUUGGUUUGGUACCCGCAGUUGCCGAUAGAUGGUUUUCACUGUGACGGCAUCAAAGUGCAAAGUCAAAAUAGCGAGGUUUUACGAAUCCUUAUUUACACUAGGUUGAAAAUAACCAAAAAGUAAAUCUUUGUACAAGUUUCCAUUGCCAUAGCAUGUUUUAUUUCGAAAAUACAGCAAUUUGAACUUCCGAGUUUUCACAGUGCGUGACACCAAAACAGGAAUGCUGUCUCGUUAAAAAAAAGUCUCUCCUCUUGAUUUUCAGCUGUAUAACCACUUCAAGUAUUAGAGGAUAUGUUUAUGCGUACGUAUGCUAGUUCUCGAGUGAAAAGAAAGAGCUUUUAUAGAAAACGUGAACUCCAGAUGUUUUUGUUGAUUUCCGGCGGCCACCUUGGUGCACCAAAACUGUGCACCAAUAUGGCGUCUCCAUACAAAGCUCUACAAAGGUGCGUGAAACGUUUCGGCAAAUAACUCAGAAACUAUGGGCCACAAAGACCUGAGACUUGUUUAUAUGUUAGUCGUUUAUAACACUUCAUUUUGUUGGCUUCUUCCACUGGACGGUUUCCGAUUUAAUUUUUUGUUGCGUGACAGUGAAAACGAUCUAUAGCAACAAACCAAAAAGAAACUCUAGAAGACACCAUUUGGCAUGACGUCACCGUGCAUAUUCGUUUUCCAGGCAACACAGCUGGUUAGCCACCGACCAGAAUUUUCUUCCUCUGUUUGCUGCACGUUCGUUGGCGAAUCGCUAAGUAUUUUUGACUCAAAUAACAGCAGGCUGCAAAUACAACAUUGCCUGAUUCGACAAGGGCUCGGAAUCCUUGCCGUGGAAGAUUUUUAUUCACCGACAGAAAGAAAACCUGAACUUCAGCGAGAGCAACGAAGAAGACUAGUAUGUUCAUCGAGCGGCCGUUAUAAAGCCUGAGAGUGAGUGAACACGGAGAUAAUGCGAAAUGGCUUUGAAAUACUCGUUUAAGCCAUUUUUCCUCAAAUGUAUAUUUGAAUUCAUAAUAAAACACCUCCACAAAGUUCAAACAGUGUGAAUGGCAGAGAAAAAUAUUUGAAGGCCUCAAGGCUAUUAAUUUUAAAGAGUCUUUACGUAGUGGUCGCAUGGCCCAGUUGCACGCAGGCUUAUUUUUGCACUGGAGGUGGCUGGGUUGCAGGUUCAAAUUCCGGCGUGGCUAGUUGCAGGUUUUUUUUUUUUUUUUAACAUCGUAUUUUUUACUUUUUGGCUUGCUUCCGUUUAUUCUCAUUGCCGACCCUUUUUAGCUUCGCGAGAUUUUUGCGAUAAGAUAUUUCUAGUUUCAAAUUUUGGACCGUUGCGAAGAAUGUCACGCAUGACGAAUCACUUCAGUAAAGCUGGCAAAGUUGAUCCUGGUGUUAAGGUAACCCUAACUGUGAAAUUUGCUUGUAAACCAGAACUUACUUUAACAGGCUUACUAAGGUAACCCUAGCACAGGGUAACCCUCUCUCCUUGUAAACAGGCCCUUAGAGUGGGAUGUAGUGGCAAGAAACUUUCCUCUUUAGUUGAUUUAUUAUUAUUGAAUACAAAUGACAAUAACAACAAUAUAUUAUUUUAUGACCAUUUUUGUGAAUAGUUAAACCAGUAUUUUCGCUUUGCUUUCGACAAAGGAAAAAGAAGUGGACGAGAAGAACAUGAGUCCUAGCUACGGCCUGAGAACUUGUAAAGAAGCAAAAAGUUUUUUCAAGUUAUUCCCUUGAAAAUAUAUGGAGCUCUCGUCACCAAUAAUUAAAAGUAUAUAAGACUUUUACGAUAGUUGCAGAUCACUCUGCAAUGUGUUGCUUUUCUCAGUACUUUUGCUGGGUUGAUUCUUUUCAGGUAUAAUUAGAUUAAUGUGUAGUGAAACUGAAGAAGGUGUUCUAUUAUUUGUUGUAUAGCGCACAAAUGAAAGAAGAUCCCGAGCUCGAAGAUCACGAAUGGAACAUAAGAUGCUACAACUGAAUGUAAGGAUUUUAGAAAAAUGUCUUUUUUGAAAAUUUUCUCUUGAAGUAGGUACCUUUUACAAUAUAAUAUUAUUAAAUAGUUAAACAGUUUUAAAAAUGGCGCCAUGAAUACUGUAUGUCCCUCUUCACCAAGAAAUGAAAUUGGAAAUUCUCAAAAUGUCAAAUUUUCACGUUAUAUUAUUAAUUGUUAAAUGGUUAAUGUGGAAUUAACCAUUGUGGGAAGUUUGUUAUAAAAGUUUAGGGAAGCUAUGUGUAAUGAAGCUAUGUGUUAAUGAGGUUUUCCUUAUUAUUGACAACUGAGUUCAUGGUGGUGCAUACGCAAUUGCCAGUUUGUGGGAUAUAGUAAUGCAAACUGUUUUCAAAAAUCUGUAAUUGCGGGCGAGCAAAAUGCGAGCCCACAGUCGUAUUCUCGGUGGAGUGGUCAGCGGCACUUAAGAAACUCUGUAGCAAGGUUCUUGCAAAAUCUGUCCACAUUCUUGGGAUGCCCGUGUUGUACCAACUAAAGUGCGUGGAAUCUAGCCGGGAAGGCCCUGGUGUUGAGUUUAAGUUCCAUAUGAUGACUGAUGCCCCAGCGGUAAUCUUCCCAAGAACAAUUGCAACAUGUUUGUUUGUUUCGAAUCCACGUAGUCAGCGUAUAAAUUCACGUAAUCAUGAAAGCGGUUCUCAAAAUCAAUCGCACCUCUAAGGUAAACGCAAAUGUUCAACCGCACUUCCUAACCGUUGGUUACUGCUAGUUGUAUAUAGCUUCCAAUUAUUAUGCCAUUUAUAAACCCGCGUGGAACUAUUUUUAACCCAAUUAAUACUACAUGUACCACAGUAACCCUAUAGGCACAGAGCCACAGGGCUGACCUUUCAACUUUGUAGUUUCUUUAUUUUCUUGCAGGAAGAAUCUUUGGAUCUGGUUGUCAAACAUCUUCAAGUUACUUAUUUUGCAACGUAUGGGUAUGCGUUUCCGCUUACAGGUAAAUUUUACACUCCAACGUAAUUAUUAGUUAAGAAUUCGACCCAUUAGUAUGUAUAAAUGGAAGUAACCAGUAAGUAUUUUAAACAAUAAUUAAUUUUGAAAAAGUGAAAAAAUAACUUUGUUGAAGGAAUCAAAGAAAGGAAGAAUGAAAACAAAAGAAAAGAAAAUGAGUGAAUAAGUGUUGAAGCAGACUGAGCAUUGUCCCUAGAGCUACAUACCCAGGAUGAUAGUGCCUUCCCUUGUACUGAUGUUGCUGACUUGAAAUCUUUUGUGGUGAAUCAGUGAACCCUUUUAGAACUAAGAUUUUACACCAUUCUUGCUUGGAUAACCCUUCACAUGGAAAAUAAACUGAAUCACCUCCAAAAUUGAAUCUGCUGCACAUAGACCCAGGGGUUUUAUUGGCAGAGGUGAUACAAGAAGCCCUAGGCUUCUGACGAGUUGUUGCUACUGUAUGUGAUAAAACUCAUUCAAUUUUAAACAGACAAGGGCAAAAUGGAUAAGGUAUUACUGGAGACCACAAAGAUGAGACAAAUGAGCAGCCAGAUUGCGUAUUCGACUUUUAGUUCCAGUGGGUCUAAAGAAAGAUCAUUUCCUGUUGGACCCCAGGUAUUUUGUGUCCUCCUUUACUUACUUAAAGUAGUGACCUUAAAAGGGCAAGAGUUUAUAAAGGAGAAAGUAGGGGUGGGGUAGUGUUUUCUUUUUGGUAUUAACCACCGUCUUAUCCUACGUACCCCUUAUCAACUAAGAAGCAAACUUUGUAUAUGAAGUCACUCUGCAGCCUCAUCAUAAUCCUACACCCCCUCAC